AUGGCCUCUCCAAGAAGUCAUGCCUCGGCGUAUGCGGCAUGGCAACUACGUCCAGUUGACGGUGCCCCUCCAGAGCGUUGCGAAGUGGCCACACGUGACAUGUUGACAGCCAGCCGCACGUUGGAUGUUGAGACAUUUUGGAACCAGUAUUACAUCCCAACACCGCCAAGUGUGCAGGAGGAAUCAGAAGAAUCAGAACCUGAUGUCUCACCCAGUCUUGUUGAUUCAGAAGACAUUCGUCGUGAAUUCGGACACCUGGGCAGAGAUGGGAAUGAACAUGAUGAUAUUUCGCUCAUGCAAAAGCCACCUAGUGACCCGAGAUCCCUUGACAAUCAACCUGCUUCCAGCAGUCAGGCCGCCUCUAGCACUGAUGUAGCUGUAAUUUCCAGCCAGCCGGCUGAUGGUCAUCUUGCUGAAGCUGUGCACCAAAUUGUGAAUGAUUCCUGUCUUCUUCAGUUCAAUCCUCGUACAACUGAACGUUGGCCUUUGUGGUAUCGUGCCCUUGCCACAUUCUUUGGGGACGAAGCGCAUACUGAAAAUGAUGAUGAAGGACCAGUUGCGUAUUUGACUACAUGGUUUGCCGAUUGUUCAGUUGAAAGCACCAAUGAGCAUCCCCGCACGGUUCGACUGGACUCUCAAACGAGCUUGUGGGCACAUGAUAUCCAGCAUACGUGGCGUGACAAAAUUCAGACUGGCUCCCCAGUUCACUUUGCUUGGGUGUUCCCAAAGCCAGUCGAUGCUCCAGUAAUGCGCACCAUAGGACAUUUGAUUGUUUAUCAACAUCCUAAUGAGCUGCUUGUGCCUAUUCUUCUAAGCUUCCAAUUCAAAGCUCUCACCCUUGAUGGAACUACCCAUGCGGUUGCAGUGGUCAGACAUGGAAUUUCCCCAAGUGACCUGGCUUGUCAACUCAAGAUUGACCGAGUAUGCCGAGGCAGGCGUUGUACCUUGCAUCGUGGCGCGCCUGGGAAGAAAUGGUUUGAUCGUUUCACCACUGGAGAGGGAGUUCGCCUGGUGAUCCCAUCCCCAGGAGAGCUGGCUGACCCCGAAUUGCAUUGGAGUUUAGGUGCAGUUGUUCUGGUUUUUGAUGAUCCAUUAGUCCCGCGUUUUCCAAUGCUGUCAAUGCGAUUGGAGGAUCAACCACAGUUCAUUCAGAACCUUCAACAAUUGUGGGUUCGCUAUGGCCAGCGCAAUGAAAUUUUAAUGGAGCGGUUUCUUGAAGUCACCACAUGGUACCUGGAUGGAACAGCGGUUACAUACAAUGACCAACAGCGCAAGGUCUUGCUAGGCAGUGACUUCACUGAAUGGAUAGAUGAUCUGAGGCGUGUUUGGCAUGAUCUGGAAGACGCAAGUGAAGACAUGGAAUUUGCAUUUGUGCGUCCCACUCCGCCUUGCAGUCCCUUGAGUGAUAUUCACAUCUUGCUUUAUCAGCAGAUUGAUUCGCAACAUGUUGGGCUCAUUGUGACUAAGUAUGAUCAUGCUGUCAUGCAGGGACGCCCAUUUUCAGCGGCCGUGGUUUGUGCAAAUCCACCCAGUAGGUCCGCUGUGAUUGAUGCCAUUGCGAAAACGGAUGAAUGCAUCACCCCAGGAGUUCAAUGUCAAGUUUGGCGACAAGGCAAGCUGAUUGAAGAUGCCAGCCAUGCUCUUGAUCAGGGCACAACCUUGCAGGUUCACAUUCAUCGCCAGACUUUACACUCUUGGGAUGCUCAUGAGGAAGAAUCUGAUGAAAAUGCCUACAUGCAACAAGGCCAUGUGUUGCAUGUUUCAGGACACACCAUGCUUCAGACCCAACGACACAUGACACACCAUUAUGAAUGCUUCGAGGAAGAUGAUUUAGCUUUGCGCUUAGCACGUUUUAGUGAGCAUCUUUCAAUGCUAAAAUCUGCGCUACAAGAGUCACGCUUGCGCCAGAAGCAGAAAGUUUUGUGCCUUGAUGGCUUGAUCCCAUCUCCUCGCAGGACUGCCAUCGAUUGUGCCAAGCCCUUAUUUUUACGGCAGCAGUGCUUGCAGAUUGACUUAGGUCAAUGGCAUUCCAACAAUGCAGUCGUUAAGUGGCAUCCGGUCACCCUGGCAGCAUUUGAAACCAUGGUAGCGUGGACCAAGGAGCCCCCAAUCAAGAUUUCUUUCUUCACAGAUGGAUCAGCUGCGCAUGUUGAUGGAGUGCGUCAAGGAGCUUCAGCGGUAGUGCUCCUCGUACAUACCUUGCAUGAUACUCUCUUUGGAGGAUUUCGAUGCUUCUCCCUCUUUGAAGGAGCAUCAGCCCCUCGUGCUGAGAUGGCAGCGAUUCUGGGAGCGCUUCUUUGGGCUUCUCAGAUCCUUGAAGAGCAGUCGCAAACAAUUCAAGAUGUUGAGUUUGGUUUCGAUUGCCUUGCUGCUGGUUUGCCUGCUGCUGGCCAAUGGCAGAUCCUUGCACAUGCUGAUAUUCAGAAACCAGCUCGUGCGCUCGUGCAGUGGCUUCAGCAGAGACACCGAUGUCAAUGGCACUGGAACCAUAUCAAGGCUCACAAUGACCAUCCCUGGAAUGAAGCUGCUGAUGCAGCAGCCUGGGCUGCUCUACACCAAUGGAUCGCCUCUGUCCCUAUCACUGAGAUUCUUGCUUCGCUUACCUUCGACAGCACAGAUUCGAAAUGCGUUGAAUGGUUGUGGUUCGUGGAAGCAGCUCAACAAGGUGAAUGCGGUUUUCCGUGCCUGCAGCAACACAUCAUGCAUGUGGACCUUGAUGCCCCAUUCCUUGUCUCUCCGUUCGCUGACCAUCAUCCCUUUGUUAUGCGGAAUGAGCGAAAUGAUGCGCUGCAACACCCCUCGAGCAUGACCUUGAGAUGUUGUACUGCCAAUGUGCUCACGCUGUUUCCUUCCGAAGCAGGUCAUGGGUCAUAUGUGACGGCACGACAAGAAUCCUUGAUGAAGCAAUUUCAAAAUAUUCAUGCUCAAGUGAUUGGCGUCCAGGAAACACGCUCCAAAGCCUCAGGCCAUUUUGUUGUAGACAGCUUCCAUGUUUUGAGUUCCCCUGCCACAUCGCGUGGACAAGGAGGAGUUCAACUUUGGAUCCAACAAACCUGGAAGACUUCUUCAGGUACCUUGGCCAUUCUUGCUCGGCAUUUGCGAAUUCUCCAUGCAACCUCUCGAAGGUUAGUAGUUCAACUCAAACACGAUGGCUUGCAUUUGAUUUUUCUUGUUGGACAUGCGCCUUCUAAUGUCCCUGAUGAAGAGUACCGCACCUGGUGGAAAGCUACGACAGCAGCCGUUCCUCAUCAUUUGAGACACGUUCCAACGAUCGGUCUCGUUGAUGCCAAUGCUCGGGUCGGUGAAUUUGUGUCUGAUCAUGUAGGAGGUCAUCAGUUUCAAGUUGAGAAUCCGCCUGGAAGCAUUUUCCAUCAAUGGCUCCAAGACUCUGACAUGUAUGCGCCCCAGACAUUUGCCGAUUUUCAUGUCGGUGAAGGAAACACAUGGUUCCAUGCCAGUGGAGCAGCGGCUAGGCUAGACUAUGUUGUGCUGUCUCAAUGUCUACGCUCAUGUCAGGUUCGUACAUCUAUUGCCGAAAUUGAUCUUGCCAUGCAAAAGCUGGAUCAUGUUGCAGUUCAAGUGGAUCUACCCAUUGAGUUUUCUUGCCGUGUAAAUCCACGCUGCAUGCAUGACUUUCGUCCUCUGCCCACAGUUUGUGACACCCUUCCGCCAAACAUUGAGUGGAAUGUUAAUGUGCACACGCAUGCUGCCACCCUGCAACGUUGGUUACGCACCACACAACCACCUCGCACCAAGGCUGUUCGAAGAAAAAGCCAUAUGACAGACGAGACAUGGCAUAUGAUCCGAUGGAAACGACAUCAUUUCCUUCGAGUGCGCACAGUCCAACGCUUGCAGAACCGACAUUACUUGCUUGCUGUGUUUCGUGCUUGGAAAGCCACGGCGCCAGUGUCUGAUUGUUCUCAGUGGAUGCGAUUAUGUGACCAGACCAUUGCCUUGCAUUUGUGGCAGUAUCAACGCCUGAGUCGUUAUGUGACUAAGGCUGUCCGACUUGAUGACAAGAAGUUCUUCAUCCACCUUGCCGAACAACAAGGUCAGAUUGCAGCUGAUGAGGGUUUCAAUCGUUUGUGGACAUCAAUCAAACCUCUGUUGCCCAAGAACAUCAAGCGGAGCCAGCAAAAUAUACGAUGCCGUGGUCCAACAAAUGCAGAUCUCAUGAGCCACUAUUGCUCUCUCGAAGCUGGUGAGCCAUGCGAUUAUGCCUCUUUGCUGUCACAAUGUUUUGAAGAUCAGAAGAGUCGCAUUGAUGAAGCACCUCUCAGUAUCGAUCUUGCUCAUGUGCCUUCCCGACUGGAUGUCGAGAUAGUAGCCAGACGUGUGAAAUCGCGGAAAGCACCGGGCCUUGAUACUGUGCUCAAUGAACAUUUGCGAUGCCAAGCCUUAACUUUCUCUAGUGCUUUCCAUUCCCUAUUUUUCAAAUCGUGGCUUACCAGUGCCGAACCCUUACAAUUUAAGGGCGGAAUGGUAUGGACCAUCACGAAGAAGAAGAUUUCCAUGCAUGCCGCAGACAUGAGAGGCAUAGUUUUGUUGGAUGGUUUGGGCAAAAUGGGUCAUGCACUGAUGCGGAACGCAGUGUUGCCUUCUGCUCAAGAUCGAAAACUGAAAUCACAGUUUGGAGGCUUCAGAGACCAACAAGCUAGUUUUGCCACACUCUGGCUCCGGCUUUUUGGACGUUUGGCCCUUCAUCACGGUUUGUCAACUGCGAUAGUGUUCUUAGAUGUGCGCAAUGCUUUCCACUGCCUUUUGCGUGAGCACGUUUUUGGCACAGGUCUUGCUUUUCCACCUGUUCUAGCAGACUUGUUGACUCGUGAAGGAUUGUCAGUAACCCAGCUUGAGCAUGACAUUCAAAACCAUGCAUCCUCAUUUGAGCAGACAGUUGCACCCGUGACAGCUCGCAUUUUAAAGGAUGCGCAUUCCCAUACAUGGUUUGCGUCACCUCAGGAAGCCCAAUGCUACACCACUGCGCGUGGCUCCCGCCCAGGAUCGCCAGUGGCAGAUAUAGCUUAUAAUUUGCUGAUGGUCUCCAUCCUGCGAGAACUGCAACCUUUCCUGCGAGAUCACCCUCAAAUCCUUGCUGCAAGUUCUACUGUUGGCAUUGAAGUUCCAGUUAUUGCUUGGGUUGACGAUGUUGCAUUCCCUGUGCUCACCCAGACUGCUGCUAUGCUGGACCCUACAGUUGCCGACGUGAUGGUUCAGAUACAUCAGAUCUUUGCCAAGUAUGGAUUACGGCUCAAUAUGUCACCAGGAAAAACCGAAGCAAUUCUGAGCUACAAGGGCACAGGUGCCGGGGACUGCCGACGUGCUCGAUUCAUUGAUGAUCAUGGGCGACUGCCUGUUCCCGGUCAUCUUGAUCUUCAUGUAGUUGCGUGCUACACGCAUCUAGGUGCUGUUGCUUCCCAAAGCAUGUCUAUUGCCACUGAGCUGAAGACGAGAGUUGGCAAAGCAUCCAGUGCCUUCAGACAGAUGCGGAGAACCAUCUUUCAUAACCGGCACAUUCCAGUGAAAGCGCGGCUCCAGCUCCUUGAAUCCCUUGUUAUUUCAAUUCUGAUGUAUGGCAGUGGAGCGUGGCCUCUUUUGUCUCAUCGACAAUAUACCCAUGUCUCACAUGCCAUUUUAUCCUGGCAGCGUAGCAUUGUCGGUGUUGGAUUUUGGUCCCACACGCGCAUGACUGACUAUGAAUUUUUGGCAACUUGGGAGCUCCCAUGUUUGUCAGUUCGCCUUGCUAAGCACCGUCUACUGCUAGCAUUGAAGAUGUACCAGCAUGCCCCCAUUGAGCUCUGGAAUUGCAUCUCUCUUGAGGAUGACCUUUGUGAGGAUUCGUGGCUUCAUGCACUUCGCCAUGCGCUCAGAUGGUUUGCGCGCCUGUGCCCUCAUGAUGUCCCUGCCGAAACUGACUGGUCCACCGUUGAUAUCUUCAAGUGGCUCUCUGCUGCUACGCCGGCUUGUGCUAAUCGAGUGCGAAUUGCGGUGAAGAAGCACAUCCUGCAAGAACAUAUGAUUCAGGAAGUUGCACAUGGAUAUCGUGAUCUGCAACAAGUGUGCACCCAGCAUGGGAUUUGCUUUGACAAUGCCCCUGUGCCUGACAACCUUCGUUUGCAACGUUUUCAGUGCUCUACUUGUCCUGCAAGCUUCACGACUCCGCAAGGCCUUUCUGCGCACCGUUGGCGUGUACAUCAUGAGAUUUCUCUUGAGCGUCAGUAUGUUUUUUCUAGCACAUGUGCAGCAUGUGGCAAAUGCUUCUGGACUGCUCAGAGACUUCAACAGCACUUGCGAUAUUCCCGAAAACAUGAAGAUGGUUGCCUUGCCAUUUUGAGGAGACAUUUUGAUCCCCAAGCAACAUCGACACCCAUUGCAUUGCCUGAUUUUCACCGGAACAUGCAUCGUCUUCCAUGGGCCUAUGCAGAUGGCCCAGCUUCUGUCCCGGCUACUACAUGUUGGGUCCGCAAGCACCAACAUGACUGGGAGCAAUGGAGAGCGCGAUGGGCUGAACAUGGGUAUCCUGAUGAGCUCCCUGACAUCAUUUGUCAAACAGUUUUUGAUCGUAUUCGUGCUAUUACCCUGCAGGUUUGCCGAGAUUAUGCCCAUGAUGCGAUUGCUGAUCAACUCAUCUUCCAAUGGUGCUCCUUUAUUGAUGAGUGUGAACGACGUUCAGAGAUACAAGGGGUGUAUGCUUUAUGGGCGUUUCUCAUCUGGGGUCGGUCAGACAUCACCGAUGUCCUUGAAUGUGUUGAUGAUGUCGAUAUUGGUCCCAUCAUUGAACAAGCCUACGCUGAUCUCGCACAGGAAUUUCCUAUGGAUCCUCUGCUGUCUGAAUUGGACAGACUUCAUCGAGGCCGUCCACCUGUUGAAAUUCCUCUCGAAGUACCAGCGAGUGUUCGAGAUCCACGUAACCAUCAUGCCUUGGAAUCUCUCGAUGGAUGCUUCGAUAACCCUGAUGAAUUGCUUUCACCAUUUGUGGAUUCCGACGUCCUGCGCUGGCCCCGACCUAGAGGAGGAGAAGGGCUUGCUGCUUUGUUUCGAAUUGUGGAUGCUCAGUAUGUAGCUUGCUCCUUAGCAGGCCCUCCUUGCGAAACAUGGAGCGCAGCCAGGCAUGUUCCAGCUCCUGACGAUAGUCCGUUCCAAUGGCCUCGACCAUUACGUUCGGCACUACGCCCUUGGGGUGUUCAUGGCCUAAACCUCAGGGAGCUGCGACAACUAGCUCUUGGUAGCAAGCUCAUGCUCCACAAUGUGCGACUUGAACUGCGCGUCUACUUAGGAGGUGGAGCAACUGGAAUGGAACAUCCUGCUCCACCCUUUGAUAUGACCUUUGCCAGUGUCUGGCGCACCAAACUCCAAUCCAAAUUUUGCAUGCAGGCACCAGGUUCUCAGCAGAUUGUUUUUCAUCAAUGGCGCUUUGGCGCACCAUGUGUCAAGCCUACUACGCUGCGAUUGCUUGGUUUGCCCCCGAGCUCCAAUGUGUUCCAUGCUGAAGAAAUUCCAGGCCUUCAGAAGCCGUGCAACAUCCUUGAGGGAUUCGACCAUACGGAAAAGCGAUUCCGUACAGCCGAGACCAAGGAGUACCCGGCAGGUCUCUGUAAGGCAAUGAUCAUCACCUUGUUCACUGGACUUCGCACCCGGAUCAGACAGGAAGGCUCACGAAUUCAUUCCUUCAAUGAUUUACGGCCUGAAGAUGGCCAAUGGAUGCUGCGUGUUGCCGAAGCAAGUGGCACCGUUUUUGCAUCCGAUUUUUUGCCAGACUACCAGCCCAAUCGUGGCACUUAG